CCUCUUAGCUCUGAGGCACGUGACGUUCGCUUCGGGCUGAUCCGCUGCAGCAUCCGCGGUGCUGGGCGUGGGGCGACGGGGUGGGAAGUGGCGCCGGCGCCGGCCGUGAAGCACGAGAAAAUCAUAAGUAUUCCAGAGAGUUUUUGGAAUCUUUCUUCUGAAAGAAGACCUUUCAAGGUGCAAUCCCCUUGUUUUAGUGGUCCAGAGAAGGGGAGCAACUUGCCCAAGGUCACACAGCCAGACCAUGGAACCAAAAUGGUGGUUAUUUAUGCUUUUGCUGCUCCUUGGAACAGUGGUUCAGGCACAUGAUGGACAUGAUGAUGAAGAAGAUGAUGAUGAUGAUGAUGAUGAUGUGAUUGAUGUAGAAGAAGACCUGGAAGAUGGCAUUGAGGAAGUAGAAGACUCAAAGCCUGGAGAUGGUGCUACUCUUCCACCUCCAUCACCGAAGGUUACCUACAAAGCCCCCGUUCCAACAGGGGAGGUUUACUUUGUUGAUGCCUUCGACAAGGGAAUGCUGGUCGGAUGGGUUUUAUCCAAAGCCAAGAAGGAUGAUACCGACGAUGAGAUUGCCAAAUAUGAUGGUAAAUGGGAAGUAGAAGAAAUGAAGGAAUCUAAACUUCCAGGAGAUAAAGGGCUUGUAUUGCUAUCACGAGCCAAACAUCAUGCCAUCUCUGCGAGGCUGAACAAGCCCUUUACAUUUGACACUAAGCCUCUCAUCGUUCAGUAUGAGGUAAAUUUCCAAAAUGGAAUAGAAUGUGGUGGUGCCUAUGUGAAAUUGCUUUCAAGAACCCCAGAGUUGAAUCUGGAUCAGUUCCACGACAAGACCCCUUACACAAUUAUGUUUGGUCCAGAUAAAUGUGGAGAGGACUAUAAGCUGCACUUCAUCUUCCGGCAUAAAAACCCAAAGACAGGCAUUUAUGAGGAGAAGCAUGCUAAGAGACCAGACACAGAUCUGAAGACCUACUUUACUGAUAAGAAAACACAUCUGUAUACAUUAGUCUUGAAUCCAGAUAAUAGCUUUGAAAUAUUAGUUGAUCAAACAGUUGUGAAUAGUGGAAACCUGCUGAAUGAUAUGACUCCUCCUGUGAAUCCUCCCCGGGAAAUUGAGGACCCAAAUGACCAGAAGCCUGAGGACUGGGAUGAGAGGCCCAAGAUACCAGAUCCUGAUGCUGUCAAACCAGAUGACUGGGAUGAGUCUGCUCCUGCUAAGAUUCCAGAUGAGGAUGCUACAAAACCUGAAGGCUGGUUGGAUGAUGAGCCUGAAUAUGUAUCUGAUCCAGAUGCAGAAAAGCCAGAGGACUGGGAUGAAGAUAUGGAUGGAGAGUGGGAAGCUCCCCAAAUUGCGAACCCAAAAUGUGAGUCAGCCCCUGGUUGUGGUGUCUGGCAAAGACCUACCAUUGACAAUCCCAAUUACAAAGGCAAAUGGAAAGCACCUAUGAUUGACAAUCCUAACUACCAGGGAAUCUGGAAACCCAGGAAGAUUCCAAAUCCAGAUUUCUUUGAAGAUCUAGAGCCAUUUAAAAUGACUCCUUUCAGUGCUGUGGGUCUGGAGCUGUGGUCUAUGACAUCAGACAUCUUUUUCGACAACUUUAUUAUUUGUGCAGACCGAGGAGUUGCAGAUGAUUGGGCCAAUGAUGGCUGGGGUCUGAAGAAAGCUGCUGAUGGGGCUGCAGAGCCUGGUGUCAUGGGGCAGAUGCUUGAAGCAGCUGAGGAACGUCCAUGGCUUUGGGUGGUCUAUAUCCUUACUGUGGCCUUGCCAUUGUUCCUUGUGAUCCUCUUCUGCUGUUCUGGAAAGAAACAGCCCAGUGCUGCAGAGUAUAAGAAGACUGAUGCUCCUCAACCAGAUGUGAAGGAAGAGGAGGAGGAGGAGAAAGAGGAGGAAAAGGAGAAGAGAGAUGAAGAAGAAGAAACUGAAGAGAAAAUUGAAGAGAAGCAAAAAAGUGAUGCUGAAGAGGAUGCAGGUACUGUUAGUCAAGAGGAUGAAGAUAGAAAACCUAAAGCAGAGGAAGAUGAAGUUUUGAACAGAUCACCCAGAAACAGAAAGCCACGAAGAGAUUGAAAGAAUUUAAGAACUUGAUCUGUGAUUCCCUUUUUCCCCUACCCUCGAUGUGAUCCUAGGAGAGGACCUGGGACACACCUUAUAUGUUGAAACCCAGAAAAACCUCAAGACUUCACUAUCAACAGAUUCCAGUCAAAUACUAUCCAAUGAAAAUUUGAGCAUCUAGCAGUAAUUAAUAAUUGCAAUUGUGAUAAAAAGAACA